CACUCUCCUUCUCUCUUUCUCUCUGUCACUCUUUUCUAGCCAAGCUCAGAGAGAGGUUGAGGCCGUUGACCGGAGAAGCACGCAGAGACAGCAGAGACGAUGCCUCCCUCGCACGCGCUCGCCGCCCUUCUCACCGUUCUGCUCGCGCUUCAACAUUCGGCAGGAUUUUGGCUUUUUAACGUCAUCUUUCCGCCGACCGCCGGACCACGGGAAGGGAGCAACAGUACACCGCCUCUUAUCAUCGUGCCAGGGAAUAUCGGCAACCGCCUCGAGGCCAAAAUAGACAAACCCACGCUGGUGCACUGGCUCUGCUACAAGAAGACUGAGGACUGGUUUCCACUGUGGAUCGACCUCAAUAUGUUCAUGCCCAUCGGUAUUGACUGCUGGAUUGACAACAUCAGGAUUGUGUAUAACCGAACGACUCGCAGGACUUCCAACUCUCCUGGUGUGGAAGUGCGCGUCCCUGGAUUUGGCCAGACGUACUCUAUCGAGUUCCUGGAUAAGAACAAUCUGGCAGGUUAUUUUCACACCAUGGUUGAACAUUUGGUAACUAUUGGAUAUGUGCGCAACAAGACUGUUCGAGCUGCACCGUAUGACUGGAGGAUUGCCCCGAAUGAGCAGGCUGAGUAUUUUGCACGCCUGAAGAGCCUUGUGGAGGAGAUGCACAAUGAGUACAAGCAACCCGUCCACCUCCUGGGCCACAGCAUGGGCGGUCUUUACAUCCUCUACUUCCUCAACCAGCAAAGCCAAGCCUGGAAAGAUCGCUAUAUCAAGAGCUUCAUCUCACUGGGAACACCGUGGGGUGGAAGUGUGAAGCCCCUCAGAGUUUUAGCAUCAGGUGACAACGAUGGCAUCCCCCUGGUGUCCUCCAUCAAGAUCCGUGAGGAGCAGCGCAUGACCACCACCAACCCAUGGAUUAUCCCGUCUGAGGAUGCGUGGCCUGAGGAUCACAUCUUUAUCUCCACACCAAGCUUCAACUACACCCACCAGGAUUACCGCCGCUUCUUCACCGACAUCAACUUUGAGGAUGGUUGGCACAUGUGGGAGGACACGAGGAACCUCACUGCAGGCCUCCCCACCCCCGGCGUCGAGGUUCACUGUUUCUAUGGUGUUGGCUUACCCACACCCGUCACCUACAUCUACGAUGAGCAGUUCCCGAAUGGCGAUCCCGUGGACUUCCUGUACGAGGACGGGGACAAUACGGUGGACAGCCGCAGCAUGAGCUUGUGUAAGCGCUGGAUAGGGGAACAGCCGCAACCGGUGUACGUGACCGAAUUCAGCGGCAUGGCUCACCUCGACAUCGUCUUCAACCACAAUGUCCUCAAUUCCAUCCAGGAGAUCCUAGAGGGAAUGGUUCGGAAGGCUGAGGCUGUCCGUACUAUUUUUGUCAAAGAGUCUCAGAAGCGCAACCUCAUCAACCAGAGCCCUUAACUAAAGCUCAGCUUGAGUUCAUAAAUGCAGAGUGGUUAACCUUCUAGCUUGCACAGAGAUAUGAUGUCUAUUAGGACGUAUGACUGAGACCUAUACCAGGUGGACUUUUGUGUAUAUAUUCACAAACAUAACCAGAAGAUAUGAAAUGCCUUUGCAGUUGGUAUAGAAUAUACAGAUUCCACAAUAUGUACAGAUUAAAUAUACAUCAGCACUCACAUGUACAUCCAUCGCCUCUUGUCCUUCUUUCAGCCUCAAUUUUGCUAAAUAUGACUCACUGUCACCGCCUGCUGGACACAAACACUCUGCUGGGCAAUUUUAAGAUCAUUAUUUCUCAAUAUUUACAGUAUACAGUAGUUUGUAAAAUUUAUCGUCUAUUUUACCACAUCUAUUUUACAAUCCGGCAUUCCUACUAUCAGAACAUGUUUUUAAUUUAUAUUCAACCCUCUGUCCAUUUCUUUUUUCUUGUGCUAGAAACCACACACGCAACUUUAUGCAUUUAUGAAUGAAAAUGAAAAUGAAGGUUUGAUUCCACUGUAUUUAUAAAGGAUCUAUUUCCUCUUUUAUUUCUGCAGCCAUUUCAAAUGUCCUGGUCACAUUUAUCCUUCUGCGUCAUCACCAACAUGGACGAGCAGAGACUAAAAAAAUAAAACAGUGUAAAUAUAAAGGCUCACCAGUGCUGUUAUCACACCACCAACAGCUGGUGUGCUGUUCUCAUGGUGUUCCAGUGACCCUUGACCUGAUCUGAGGGCUCAAAGUCCUGGUGUACAUCAGCAGAAAAGUCAAUUUGCCCAAAACAUGCUAGGUAUUGGACACAUUUGAAAGAGCAGAUCAGACGAUUGAAGGAGGGCUUAAAAAACAAAUGCAAUAAUGAUUAGUGCAAAAGGUGACUCCAUGAGGCAAACCCGUGUGAGCAUUCCAAGAGUUUUGCUAAAAACAAUGAAAAUAAUAUAACUAAAUAGCUGACCCGAGGCUUUGCCAUUAUUCGGUGCAGCUGUGUCAUAUAACUGUAUUGCAUUUAGUGAUAUUUGUCAUCUCCGCUAAUUCUACACUGGAUUUCUCAUUCACGUGACAUUAAAUGAUGAGAGAAGAUCGUCUUUUCACUCGUUCAAUCCUUGUCCAAUUAUUUUAGCCAGCUUUUGUCCACUGUUGCUUCAGUUUCCUGUAACAGGAGUUGAACCUGGUGUGCUCUUCUGCUGUAGUAGACUAUCCACCUCAAGGUUUGACCUGUUGGGCAUUUUUGAGAACUUUUCUUCCCAGCAAAGGAAAAAAGUGGUCAUUGGUGUUGCCUUCCUGCCAGUUCUUCCCGUCUAGCCAUUCUCCUCUGACCGCUCUCAUCCACAAGACCUUUCUGUCUGUUGAACUAUUGCUCAUUGGAUGUUUUUUCCACCAUUAUGUGUGAAAUCACAAUCUGAGAUCAGCAACUUCUGAAAUAAUCAGCCAGUCACUAAAAUCACACUGAGAUGCUGAUGUUUGAUGUGAACUAUAAAAAAGAGUGAAAGAUGAAUAUUUGUUAUAUUCUGCACAGCAUUUAUAUGCCACAGAAUUAGUUAUUGUUCAUAAAUAACCCUAACCCCUAUGAAUAAAUAAAAUCUAAUGACACCAACUAUCAUUUUUUUUAUUUGAUGCACAAUGAUAACAUAAUUGUGCUAAACUCGAAAUUCACUGGAAUUCUAUAUAUUAUUUUACUUAAUGUGCAAACUCAGUGUGAUGUAGUACAGCCCAAGCCUCACGACCUUCUUUAGUAAAUAUCCUUCUGCAUUUUCCUAAGGCUCGUUAUUCUGUUUUCCAGGCCAUUUCCAUUCACAAAAGCAAUUUUAGGCAAAUGAAUCAAAAUCAAAAUCCAUUUAUGUGAGCACUGUACUCAAAAUGAAUCAAAUGAAUGAAUCAAAUAAAAAUGUAAAUAUGUACUGUA